AUGAACAAGCGAAAAAUAGAUCAUGAAGAGGAAUUUCUAAAUAAUUUUUUUACUCAAGUUAAACAAUUGUGCUCCGAUAAAACAAAAGGACUUGAGAAGGAAUAAGAGACAUGCAAGCAAAUACAUAUCGGUCCAUGGGGAAUAUUGUUGAUUACAUUACCACAAAUAGCAUUUACAAAGCGCUAUUGCAUAGCUCUUGGUUUUAUCAGAAAGAAAGAUUUCCUGAGAAAAGAUAAUUCCUUAAGAACCGUCCAUAAGCCAUCAAAAUUAGAUCUUCGAAGAUUAGAAGAAAUGACAAGAAGAAUGAAUGCCAUCCGUACUAUAGUACCAGAGGUUUCUAUUCAACUUUCAGUUCAUUCACAAUUCACUUUCAAUUAACAAUUCAUUUUGGUAAGGAUCCAGUUGAUAGAUUUCUAUGAAAAAAUUCACAGUAUGACCGUUAGCAACAAAGUAAUGAAAUAUGAAGAAUUAUUACAAUUUAUUAAUACAAUACUACAAGCACAUUCUUUGUCUUCUUCUCAUUUGGCACUAACGGCUAUAAAAAUAACUUUAUUUAUUAGUUUCGAAUGUGAAAUAUUGGUUCAACUAACAGAAGCGCAUAUAGAAAUACAACACUGGAGAUUUUUACCUACUUUUAUAGCACUUUUUGGAGCACAGACACGAAUGUCAGGAUGGGAAAGAACUUUACAAAGCAAAAAGGUUUAUACUUCUAAUCAUGGAAAUCAUGGCUUUGGCGCUACAUUUCUUAAAGCUAAUCAACAGCCAGCAUUGUAUCAAUGGUUAGUAAAAUUAAAAAAUGCCAUAUUAGCAAAAUGUUCAUUAUAUUUUCAUACAACACUGAGCCAACAAGCUACUCCAGGAGAAAUGAGAAGUAUAAUGAGUAAACAAAGUGUGGAUUAUUAUCACAAAAUUCAAAGUUUUCAACGUAAACACGAUGUAGUAGCUGUUUUAAUAGUAUUCGAUUCUAGAGGAAUGAAAGAUUCAGGACCAGGUUACAGGCAUUCCGGUAGGAAAUCUGAAGUAUCCGAAGAGUUCACAGUUAUUGUUAGUUGUCCAUAUGCAUUUACUCAAAAACCAUUGAUCCAUUGGGAUAAUAUACAAAACAAAAUAAGAGAACGUUAUGCAGAACUUCUUACUAUGGAUAAAAUAAUUUAUGCUAAGAGUUUAAGGGAUUUAUGUACAUAUGCACUGUAUAAUAUGGAUCCCAAAAUGACUUUAGUGACUAUAUAUGAGACUGAGAAACAGAAAGACAAAGAAAGACAUGUCUCUACAUUUAUGUCCAAUAUGUGUACACAAAUCAAAUGCAACAAAAUUCAUGAAUCUUUGAAAUUGGCGAAAUAAGAAAAAUAA